CCCGGCAACCAUCGCUCCUCGGUAUGGCUUCCCAUCGGUUGCGGGUCCUCGAGGCGAAAUCCAUCAGUGCCCAAAAUAGCCCAAUCCUUCCGCGCCAAAAAUCGACCGAAGCUCGUCAUCUCACCUUUAGCACCGCGACUUAUCAAACGACUUCGCCGAAUCCCGUGGCGACGAAAUCGAAGAAAGACAUCGAAGACACCUCAUUCGUGAUCGAUCUCAGCCGAGAAAUCGCUGGCGACAACGCCAGCGCCACUAGCAAUCUUAGCAACUGUAACUCUAUUGUGAUACCAAAAGAUAAGCAACCGACUCUGGGCGACGGCAAACGAAGUCAUAAGAAGUCACCGUUAGCAGUAGCCGAUAGCAGUAGUAGUACUAGCGCUAGUAGGAAGAACAAAUUGACCCCGACGACGACGACUACCGCAAAGCUACUCUACAGCGCAGACCCUUCGCCUCCGCCAACGCCAGGGCUAAUCGAGAGCUUUAACCAACUCACUUCUCCAAAUCUGCCGCCUGUGAUAUCGAUGCGUCAGUCCGCGUCGCCGGUUAGUGAUAUAAUCAAGCUGCAUCGACUGUCCGCUGCAGGCGGCGGUAGUCGAUCGUCGGCUGCACAAGCUCAAACGCAACAAUUGCAACAGCCACACUCGCAAGAAUUCAACAAUCCAUCGACGAUGAUGACGACGACAAUCAUAACCAGCGGCGAGCUGGGCGGCCGGAAGCAACGGCACGGGUUUCUAAGGCAAUCGAGCUGCGACGUGGAGCUGCAUUACCAGCAUCAGCAGUACCAUCCGCAUCAGCAGCAGAGACAACCGGACGAAGCGAGACAUCAUUCGUCCAGGCACAGUCGACGGGAGACGUUCGGAACGCAUCGAGCAAUGUCGUCAGCAGCUGCCAUGCAGGACACGGACAGAGGAAUGAUUGGUUUCGAUGAGUACGGAGAUGAUCCACUGAUGGCGGCCGGAGAGUUGAACGAAAGUGACGAGGAGAAGCUGAACAAGCGGAUGUACAAAUACUUAAAGCGCUGCUCGGAUCCGGUAAUUGUGUUUCCUUCCACUAGCACUGGCGGAACCACUGGCGGAGGUAGCGGCCUACAGCACUGUAUCCUCAGUCGCCCACCAAACAAACCGAUACAUCAUCACCAUCAUCGACACUGUAAGAAGAAAAGACACAAGAAACGGAAAAUCUUAGUUCAUGAUUUAGAUGAUCAAAGUGUAAAGGUUAUAGAUCCGGAUGAUCUUCCCCAGCGCGCUCGUUGGACAAUUAUAGCAACCGCCUUUCUACUGCUGAUUAUGUGCCUACUCCUAGUCGGAAUCACCCUGCGGAUGGCGCCCAUUAUAGACGAUAUGGUUCGCCAGGAAAACGAACGCCUCAUGCGGGAGUCCCUCGAUAGAGCUAAGAUGAUCAAAAACUACACCGAGUACAACCGGAUGAUUGGCGGUGACGAAAUUCCAUAACGAUUUUUGCCCACUCUGCUCAUCUGCUGGACCGUGUCUGUCCGUGCCGGGGCUGGAUCCUGAUCCCAUAAUUGGCAGCAAACUGCCGUCGCCGUCGUCGUCAUCGAGGCAGGUGCUAGCAACAGAACACAACAACAACAACAACAACGAUGACCGUGAUGGAUCAACGCACAUAUCUCAUCGUUCUUUUUUCCGGCAGAAGUUGGGUCCGGUCCCAGUCCCCAGCAUCCCGGUCGGAAAACAGGUAUAGACCAGCAUCCACCUCCGGAUGAUGGAAGGCUACGUCAAUUCGAUCACUCAUUAGCAUUAUUCGAAGCGUGUGCUUGGGGGGAGGGAACGCGUGUGCAACAUCGGAAUUCAAUUGAGCGCAUUUAUCGGUACCGCGCCCGGUGGUCACAGUUGUUGUAUUUUUAUUCGGUAAUUAUUUUUAAUUAGUUUGGAAAUUGCCAUUCCUAUGGUAAUUCAA